AUGCAGCUUCGCCUACCUUCGGCAGUGCUGCGCCAUGCCCCGACAGAGGAGACGCCAUUGAAGUGCGUCAGCUUCAGGGACCUCAUCGACAGCUCUUCCCAGAGACUGCAGAGGAGUGGGCGCAAGCAUGCAACGAGGUCGCUGUCGCCUUUGUCCCGCUCAGCUUCCAAACUGUCGAAGGCGUCCUGGGAGUCGAACUCAAACGCCUCUGGUAUUCUGCUUGGGUCCUGCGGCAUCGAUCGAAGGAAAUUGGUACCCGAGCACAACAUAGAAACGUCGGCGACCUGUCAACUGGCGGACAUCUACGACGUGGAAGAAGGGAUUGUCGGCUACGGCGGCUUCGGGACGGUCCGCCGGGCGACGCUCAAGAAUGCUCCAACAGUUGUGCGCGCGAUCAAAACAGUGCAGAAGCGAAGUUUGAAGGCACAGAGCUUCGUGCGAAGUGAGAUUCGUGUACUGAGACGGUUGGACCAUCCAUGCAUCUGCCGUCUGCUCGAGACCUUUGAAGACGAAAGGCUGUGA